CAUGCCAAACACGCCCCUAAAUGAAAAUACAUAUGCCCAAAAGGGGGUUCAGAAGAAAAUUGGUCUGUUUGGAUGGUCCGAUCACAUGGCUUCACCUUCUCCGUCUCAACCUACAUACAUUCCUAUGCCAUCAGACCCAGGUGGCAAACCCAUAGAUCAUGAAGGUCUCUUGCCACUGGUCCCUAUCCACAUUGUCACCCUUCCAUCUCAACUUCCAAUUGAAUUCCUGGAGCCCUCUCCUGAAAGGAAAUUGGUCAUUGGUUUUGAUUGUGAAGGUGUUGACCUAUGUCGCCAUGGAACACUUUGUAUCAUGCAGAUUGCUUUUCCAGAUGCUAUUUAUCUGGUUGAUGCUAUUCAGGGGGGAGAGAUGCUUAUGAAAGCCUGUAAGCCUGCACUUGAAUCUAGUUACAUCACAAAAGUUAUUCACGAUUGCAAACGAGAUAGCGAGGCAUUGUAUUUUCAAUUUGGCAUCAAGCUGCACAAUGUUGUGGAUACCCAAAUUGCCUAUUCUCUAAUAGAGGAGCAGGAAGGACGGAAAAGAUUGGUGGAUGACUACAUAUCAUUUGUUGGCCUCCUAGCAGAUCCACGCUAUUGUGGUGUAUCCUAUCUUGAGAAGCAAGAAGUUCGUGACCUCUUAAGGCAGAACCCUGAUUUUUGGACGCACAGACCCUUAUCUGACCUGAUGGUCCGGGCAGCUGCAGACGAUGUACGUUUCCUUCUUUACAUCUAUCACAAGAUGAUGGAAAAAUUGAAUGAACGAUCCUUAUGGUAUCUUGCUGUUCGUGGUGCACUGUAUUGCCGAUGUUUCUGCAUCAAUGAUAAUGAUUAUGCUGAUUGGCCACCUCUCCCUCCCAUUCCAGAUAACCUGAUUGUAGAAGGAAAUGCUCCAGAGGAAGAAAUCCUCUCGGUUCUUCAUGUUCCCCCUGGAAAAAUGGGUCGUGUUAUUGGAAGACGAGGAGCUUCCAUUUUGUCAGUCAAGGAAUCUUGCAAUGCGGAGAUUCUCAUUGGAGGUGCCAAGGGCCCACCUGACAAGGUUAGUCUGUUAAAUCUACACAAAUUUGCAGAAGGACAUUCUUUCUUCUAUGUGACUUUACACAAACUUGAUUAUGAGGAGAGGCACAAAUAACUCAAAUUCUCUGCAAAUUUUUGAGUUCCCAUGUGUCCCAACUUUCCCAAUUUGACAUCUAACCCUUCCAUUCGUAAUUCCUAAAUAGGCAUUAUAUAUUAUGUUGGUGCAGGUGUUCAUCAUCGGACCGGUGAAGCAGGUGAGGAAAGCAGAAGCCAUAUUAAGGGGACGAAUGCUGGAAAUGUAUUGAGGAAAAA